AUGAAUCAACUAACAAAGAUUUUAGAACCAAUAGCCAAGGCAAUACAGGCUGGUGAUAAGAAAGUAACCUUUUUUGAAGGAGCUGGUAUCUCCACAGCAGCAGGUAUUCCAGAUUUUAGAAGUCCAGAUACUGGGUUAUACUCCAACUUGGCUAAAUUAGACUUGCCAUAUGCCGAGGCUGUUUUUGAUAUUGAUUACUUUAAGGAGAAUCCAAAAGCAUUUUAUACAUUAGCUCAUGAGCUUUAUCCAGGGAAGUUUAUGCCUACAAAGUUUCAUUACUUGCUAAGACUUUUCCAGGAUAAGAAGCUAUUAAAACGAGUUUAUACGCAAAAUAUUGACACUUUAGAGAGAGUUGCAGGUAUUGAGGAUGAGUAUAUAGUGGAAGCACAUGGUUCAUUCGCCAGAAAUCAUUGUAUUGAGUGUUCGCUAGAAAUGUCAACAGAAGAAUUGAAGAAACAAAUGUCCGACAAACUGGUUAACGAUGGUAUUCCAAUAUGUCAGGAAUGUGGAGGUUAUGUGAAGCCCGAUAUAGUUUUUUUUGGUGAAGCCUUGCCAGUGAAAUUUUUUGAUACGUGGGACGAAGAUGCAGACGAAGUUGAAAUAGCCAUAGUGGCUGGUACAUCAUUGACGGUAUAUCCGUUUGCUUCAUUACCAUCGGAGACCACAAAAAAAUCUCUUAGAUUACUUAUUAAUAAUGAAGUAGUAGGUGAUUUUAAACAUGGAAAGCGGAAGACGGACAUUUUAGCUAUAUCUGAUUGUGACGAAGCUGCAGUUACCUUGGCAGAAUUAUUGGGAUGGAGUGAAGAGCUAGACGAGUUGAUAAAUAAGAAUAAAACUUUGUUCGAGAGCACAUAUUCUAUUGGUGAAAAAACUAAUGACGAGGAAGUUUCUAAAAAAUCUUUAUCCAAGGCAUCAGAAAGAUUAGCCGAAGAAAUAAGAGACGUUGAAGCAGAGAAAGGUACCCAAAAACCUGAGAAGACAGACAAACAAACAGAAUCAAAGGAAGAGAAGUCAAAGAAUGAUACUGAUGACCUUGAAAAGGAUAUUUCGAACUUAAAGAUCUAA